GUUUUCCUUCUCCAGCUUAUCAUUCUUCAUUAGAGAAGCUUGAAGCUCCUUCACCAGACGCAUGAGAUCCGAAUCAUCUUCUCCAUUUGAUUAAGUUAGAAGAUCCUCUGGGUCCGCAAAUAAGUCACAGCCCAGCCAUGGAUCGAUCACUCUUAAACAUACACGCUAAACUCGUGGCGCGUGACAUCCACUGCCUGACACAGUCGCCUACAGAAUCCAACUCUUUCUCUUUAGUUGGCAGCGGGGCGUUUGUCUCACGCGUGGAGACAGUGGGCACAAUCGUCUCUCGCGACCUGACCCCUAAGUUCCUAAAGUUCGACGUCGACGAUGGCACCGGCUGCGUCACGUGCAUCCUCUGGCUCAACCAGCUCUCCUCUUCUUACUUCUCCCGGUGGGAUCCAGCCACGAUUCUGCUCCUCGCAAGGGCUGCGCGGAAACAAGCCGCAAAUAUCAGAAUUGGAGCCGUGGCUCGUGUUCGCGGUCGCGUUGGCUCGUAUAGAGGAGUGAUGCAGAUCACGGCUACUGUUGUGGUGGUCGAGAGAGACCCGAACGCGGAGAUCUUGCACUGGUUGGAGUGUUUAAGGCUCCGUCCAACCACGAUUCUGCUCCUCGCAAGGGCUGCGCGGAAACAAGCCGCAAAUAUCAGAAUCGGAGCCGUGGCUCGUGUUCGCGGUCGCGUUGGCUCGUAUAGAGGAGUGAUGCAGAUCACGGCUACUGUUGUGGUGGUCGAGAGAGACCCGAACGCGGAGAUCUUGCACUGGUUGGAGUGUUUAAGGCUCCGUCCAAGUUAUCGUAUUCAAAGUUAA